AGCAGUCGCAUGCCACCAGUCAGAUGGAACUUGAAAAAAACUGACCCCUGGGUUCUUGGUUACCAUGGGAUGUGGCACCUCCGUUGCUACGGAGACACAAGGAAGAACAGUGGAGACAGAUGACGACACAGUUAAGACUCCCAGCCCAGCUCUGACUAUGAAGGCAGCGGUUUUGAUCCAGCGAUGGUACCGGCGCUACAUGGCCCGUCUGGAGAUGAGGCGCAGGUACACCUGGAACAUCUUUCAGUCCAUUGAAUACGCCGGGGAACAGGACCAGCUCCAGCUCUCCAGUUUCUUCACUUUCAUGCUCGACAACUUCACUCAGCUGAAUGGAAAUGGACCAGACUUGAUCUCCCAGCUGCUGGACCCGCUGCUGGACCCCUGGUUAGACAGAGAGACUUGCUACAACUUGAUCUCUGUUCCAGAGUUGUACACUGGGCCCCGGCUCUCAUUUCCUCUCUCAGUGUCUGAUACGAAUGCUCUCCUUAGUGCAUUUAAGGAGCAGCAGUCUCUACAUGCCAGAUAUGUUCUGCAGCUGCUGUACGAGACCAAAAAGCUCCUCAAACAGAUGCCCAACAUCACCCACUUGUCGACAUCCUACACCAAUGAGAUCACUAUAUGUGGUGAUCUGCAUGGGCGGCUUGAUGACUUACUUCUAAUAUUUUAUAAGAAUGGCCUUCCCUCUGCGGAGAAGCCAUAUGUGUUUAACGGGGACUUUGUGGACCGUGGGAAAAAGUCUAUCGAAGUGGUCAUCCUCCUGUUUGCCUACCUGCUGCUUUACCCCGACUACAUGCACCUGAACCGAGGAAACCAUGAAGACCACAUAAUGAACCUCAGAUAUGGGUUCACCAAAGAAGUCAUGCAGAAAUACAAGGCUCAUGGCCGUGAGAUCCUCCAGCUGUUUCAGGACGUUUUCAGCCUUCUGCCUGUCGCAACAGUCAUUGAUGGAAAGAUCCUGAUUGUUCACGGAGGGAUUUCAGAUCAGACUGACCUGGACUUCCUCAGUACCAUAGAGAGACAUAAGGUGAAAUCUGCCCUGAGGUUUCCCAGACGCAGUGUGGAGCAGCUGGAUAUCGGCCAGUCCUGCAGACAGAUGAAGAGACUGAGAUCUGCAGCCUGCUCUCGUCCCAGCAGCAGUCGCAGCCACAGCAAGAACCAACGAACCCCCAACCAGAGAAAUAGGCGAUGCGGGCACAGGCGACAAGACAGUGCUGCCUCCACUUCAUCAUCCUCCUCAUCAUCGUCCUCCUCCUCUUCGCUCUGCUCUCCUCGAACUCCAUCGGGCCUCUCCCCUCGUCCGUUCCCGUUUUCUCCCGGCAUGCCUUGCGCUAUCAAUGACCUCCAAGUGCCUUUCCUGGACUCUCUGUCCUCGGUUCCCCCUCCUUCCCCUCCACAACAUGAUCGGGAAUGGAAACAGAUUGUGGAUAUAUUGUGGAGUGACCCUAAAACCCAAAAAGGCUGCAGUCCCAACACGUUCAGAGGAGGAGGCUGCUACUUUGGCCCUGACGUCACCCAGAGACUGCUGCUCCAGCACGGACUCCAGCUGCUCAUCAGAUCCCAUGAGUGCAAACAGGAUGGAUACGAGCUCUGUCAUGGUGGACAGGUGAUCACCAUUUUCUCAGCAUCAAACUACUAUGAGGAGGGAAGCAACCGUGGUGCCUACAUCAAAGUGGGCCGAGAUCUGGUUCCCCGCUUCUACCAGUACCAAGUCAGCCGCACAACACGCAAACUCACACUGACACAGAGAGUACGCGCUGCUGAAGGCUCUGCCCUCAAGGCCCUGAAGGAGAAGCUGUUCUCCCAUCGCUCUGAGCUGCUGUCAGGCUUCCAGCAGUACGACCUGAAUAAUACCGGUAGUGUGUCAGUCAGUGAAUGGGCUCAGGUGUUGGAGUCUGUGCUGAGACUGGAUCUGCCCUGGAGGACACUUCGUCCACACUUAGCCCGUCUGGCAUCAGAUGGCAGUGUGGACUAUCAGUCCUGCUUCGAGCAUAUGGAAUCAGGGAUUUUUCUGCCUCAGGUGACUUCAAACUUGGCUGAAACUCUGUUCAGAUACAGGACAGACAUUGAGAUAAUAUUCAACAUUAUAGACAAAGACCAUUCAGGUUUGAUCUCAGUCGAAGAGUUUCGUCACACCUGGCGCCUCUUCAGUGCCCACCUGGGGGUCGACAUCGACGACAGAGCAAUCGAUGACCUGGCCCGAAGUAUCGACUUCAACAAAGACGGCAGCAUAGACUUCACUGAGUUCCUAGAGGCCUUCAGAGUGGUACACAAACUGGACAACAAGGAUCAGCCACUCAACGGAAAGAUGGAUGGAGAGAAGUAUUUGUGAUAGGGAAGAAUCUGAAUACUACAGUGUGGAAGCCCUGCAAGAUCAGCAGGAAGGAAGGAAAUUAG